AGGGAGAAAUUUCAAGAGAGAGAAAGCAAUGGCUGAAGAAGACGAAGAUUACCAGGAGCUAAGCAAUGAGCAGAAGAAAGAGAUCGCCAAAUGGUUCCUGCUCAACUCUCCCGCUGGUGAAAUCAAAUACGUUGCCAAAGACUUAAAAUCAGUUCUCAAUGAUGUGGAUGUAUAUAAUGAGGCAGCUAUGGAGGCAUUCCCUAUUUACAACAAAUCUCACAUGAUUUGCCUGGAAAUGCCUUGUGGAGCAGGAGAUGUGUUGAUCACAUCAUAUGGUGAAAUAGAUGAGAACGAGUAUCUUGAUCCAAGAAGUGCGCAGGUUGCCAUAGUUGAUCAUAUUAAACAGGUUUGUACAGACGUCAGGCAUGCAACUGACGAGGAGCUGCCAUCUGCAUAUGUUGAGGAAUUUCGAUAUGCUUUAGAUGCUGAAAUUCUCAGAUAUGUUGGUGAAGCUUAUCCAAAAGGCGUCUGUUCAGUCUACUGUGUUAAUGCAAAAGAUGUGGAAGGGCCAGGAUCUGAUUUUGAGCUUGUUGUGGUGAUUUCUGCUACUAGACAUAGCCCACGGAAUUUUUGCAACGGAAGCUGGCGAUCAAUAUGGAACAUUGAGUUCAGAGAUGAAUCACAAAUACUGGAACUGAAAGGCAAAUUGCAGGUGGAUGCCCAUUAUUUUGAAGAGGGAAAUGUGCAGUUGGAUGCAAAACACGAGUGCGGUGAUUCUACAAUUUUCCAGGUAAUUACAGUGUGUGGGAUUUUUUAUAUUUAUCCCUUUCUUCUUCCUGACAAAAAUCAAUUUUGUUUUCUUCUGCUUAAUAUACAACUUUAUUCUAAUCUAAACCCUUUUAAGGAUCUUCGGAGGAAACUUCCGGUUACACGCACAUUGUUUCCAUGGCAAAACACCUUGCAAUUCAGCCUGACAAGAGACAUAACCAAAGAACUUGGAAUUGGGAAGUGACGAAACCAUGCUCUCUACGCCAGAGGAGAAAACAUAUCUUCUUCUAUAAAAUUGAAUUAUCAAUAUCCUUGCUUAAUUAUUGAUCGAUAUUCUACAGUUUGCCGGCGAGUUCAUUGCUAUUCUUUCCCUUUCUUUUCUCCCCCUCUAUUUAUGGUCGUUUGUUGUUUGUUAUGCUGGUCGUCGUCUCUUUUCUGAAGUCUUCUCAAUUUUGGGGGUGUAGAUCUGUACCAUUUGUUACACAAGUCGUGAAUGUAUGUAUAGCUGGUUCCAUGAACAAAUUUUUUCUUUUACUGUGGACUAGUAAAAGUUUAUUGAAUUAUGACUUUUUGGAAGUGAAUAAGCUAGUUAGUUCAUUAACUUAUAGGAUGUAAUAUAGAAGGAUUUGUAUAUUUGAUAAUUACCCAGUUCUGUUGCU